AUGGAGUUUGCUAUCAACCCGUACUCGCCAAGCCUGUUCUCGCGGUUCCCCACCAGCUUGGAAGUGCUUCAAGCUGCGGCGGUAGCGCGACCAGCUGCACCACUGCUGAGAGCCAUCGACUCCUCCAGCUCUCUAGCUCUCUCGCUGCUGGCCCGCGUCGUCUGCGACGGCGGGGAGAAGCUGAUGGAGGUGCAUCAACGACCUCCAUUCUCCUACAUCACGCUCAUCUCCAUGGCCAUCAAGAGCUCGCCGAAGAAGAAGCUGACACUGAACGAGAUCUACAACUAUAUCAUGGACAACUUUCCCUUCUACCGCGACAACAGACGCGGCUGGCAGAACUCGAUUCGUCACAACCUCUCGCUCAACGAGUGUUUCAUGAAGGUCCCGCGCGACAAGGCAGACCCUCCCGGCAAGGGAAACUACUGGACGCUGGCUCCCGCGUUCAUGGAUGCAAGCCCCGAGGCUUGCUCCAAGCUCAACACGCGCAGGAGGAAGCGAAAGAGCGGCCAGAACAAGAAGUCGGAGGUGUGUGGAGAAUCGCAAGAGCGCCUUUCUCCAUCCUCCCCGCAGCAGUUCACGUCGCUGGACGCCGCGCAGCAACUGCGAACGUCGGAAAAGUCGUCGCCUCGAAGCAGCCCAGAGUCGCUAAUCCGAGCCGCGCUGCUAACGCCUCCGUCCAGCCCGAACGACGCAGUGUAUGACGAUUCCCUGCUCCUGCAGCAUCAGCAUCAGCAGCUACUACUACUGCAGACUCACGCUCUUGCUUCAUCCCUGCACACACCGGCAGGCUCACCUCACUCCCCCACCACCGCCGCCAGCCUCAGCGAGAACUGCAAGAGAUUCUCGAUAGCUAACCUCCUCUCUUAG